CCAGGGAAGAGAGGCUGAAACUGGGAUGGUGGCUGAGCUAGGUUGGGAUGUUGUGGUGCAGACAGACAGACAGGAGCGCGUGCAGACAGACAGGAGCGCGUGCAGACAAACAGGAGCGCGUGCGGACAGACAGGAGCGCGUGCGGGCGGACAGACAGGAGCGCGUGCGGACAGACAGGAGCGCGUGCGGACAGACAGGAGCGCGUGCAGACAGACAGGAGCACGUGCAGACAGACAGGAGCGCGUGCGGACAGACGAGCACGUGCAGACACACAGGAGAUUGUGCAGACACACAGGAGAUUGUGCAGACACACAGGAGCGCGUGCAGACAGACAGGAGCGCGUGCAGACAGACAGGAGCGCGUGCGGACAGACAGGAGCGCGUGCGGACAGACAGGAGCGCGUGCGGACAGACAGGAGCGCGUGCGGACAGACAGGAGCGCGUGCGGACAGACAGGAGCGCGUGCGGACAGACAGGAGCGCGUGCGGACAGACAGGAGCGCGUGCGGACAGACAGGAGCGCGUGCGGACAGACAGGAGCGCGUGCGGACAGACAGGAGCGCGUGCGGACAGACAAGAGCGCGUGCGGACAGACAGGAGAUUGUGCAGACAGACAGGAGCGCGUGCGGACAGACAGGAGCGCGUGCGGACAGACAGGAGCGCGUGCGGACAGACAGGAGCGCGUGCGGACAGACAGGAGCGCGUGCGGACAGACAGGAGCGCGUGCGGACAGACAGGAGCGCGUGCGGACAGACAGGAGCGCGUGCGGACAGACAGGAGCGCGUGCGGACAGACAAGAGCGCGUGCAGACACACAGGAGAUUGUGCAGACAGACAGGAGAGUGUGCAGACAGACAGACACAGGAGAGUAGACAGACAGGAGAGUGCACAGACCCCAGCUGAUCUCACAGCUCAGACCAGACUUACCCUUAUUACACCCUGACCCAUCUAAAUGAACUGACUCGUACCCUUAUUACACCCUGACCCAUCUAAAUGAACUGACUCGUACCCUUAUUACACCCUGACCCAUCUAAAUGAACUGACUCGUACCCUUAUUACACCCUGACCCAUCUAAAUGAACUGACUCGUACCCUUAUUACACCCUGACCCAUCUAAAUGAACUGACUCGUACCCUUAUUACACCCUGACCCAUCUAAAUGAACUGACUCGUACCCUUAUUACACCCUGACCCAUCUAAAUGAACUGACUCGUACCCUUAUUACACCCUGACCCAUCUAAAUGAACUGACUCGUACCCUUAUUACACCCUGACCCAUCUAAAUGAACUGACUCGUACCCUUAUUAUACCCUGACCCAUCUAAAUGAACUGACUCGUACCCUUAUUACACCCUGACCCAUCUAAAUGAACUGACUCGUACCUUUAUUACACCCUGACCCAUCUAAAUGAACUGACUCGUACCCUUAUUAUACCCUGACCCAUCUAAAUGAACUGACUCGUACCCUUAUUACACCCUGACCCAUCUAAAUGAACUGACUCGUACCCUUAUUACACCCUGACCCAUCUAAAUUAACUGACUCGUACCCUUAUUACACCCUGACCCAUCUAAAUGAACUGACUCGUACCUUUAUUACACCCUGACCCAUCUAAAUUAAGGUGAUGAUACGUCCUGUUCAUAUCCACACAUUCAUGUGUGAAUGUACUGUGGAAGAGGGACCAUAUUCUGUCUCCUGAUAUGUUCUCUGAUGGUCCUGAUGGGGUGUAGGGAUUCAGAGUCCAUGUUUUGUCUCCUGAUAUGUUCUCUGAUGGUCCUGAUGGGGUGUAGGGAUUCAGAGUCCAUGUUUUGCACAAGCGAUGCAAUGCUUUUAAAAAUCAAGUAGAAAUGAAUCCGAGAACCAUUUUAAGGAUGUAUUCAUUCACCUGAACAACAGCUGACCCUAAAGCACAGAACAGUUUGAAUAGUCUUUCUCAAAUCAAACCCAAACACUCUCGCUGGGGGGCUUGUGACACACUCGCUGGGGGGCUUGUGACACACUCGCUGGGGGGCUUGUGACACACUCGCUGGGGGGCUUGUGACACACUCGCUGGGGGGCUUGUGACACACUCGCUGGGGGGCUUGUGACCGACCGACAGACAGACCGAUGUGGAUGGAAGAGACAGACAGACAGAUGUGGAUGGAAAGAGACAGACAGACAGAUGUGGAUGGAAAGAGACAGGCAGACAGAUGUGGAUGGAAAGAGACAGACAGACAGAUGUGGAUGGAAAGAGACCAACAGACAGAUGUGGAUGGAAAGAGACCAACAGACAGAUGUGGAUGGAAAGAGACCAACAGACAGAUGUGGAUGGAAAGAGACCAACAGACAGAUGUGGAUGGAAAGAGACAGGCAGACAGAUGUGGAUGGAAAGAGACAGGCAGACAGAUGUGGAUGGAAAGAGACAGACAGACAGAUGUGGAUGGAAAGAGACAGGCAGACAGAUGUAGAUGGAAGAGACAGGCAGACAGAUGUAGAUGGAAGAGACAGACAGACAGAUGUGGAUGGAAAGAGACAGACAGAUGUGGAUGGAAAGAGAGACAGGCAGACAGAUGUGGAUGGAAAGAGACAGACAGAUGUGGAUGGAAAGAGAGACAGGCAGACAGAUGUAGAUGGAAAGAGACAGACAGACAGAUGUGGAUGGAAAGAGACAGACAGAUGUGGAUGGAAAGAGAGACAGGCAGACAGAUGUAGAUGGAAAGAGACAGACAGACAGACAGACAGAUGUGGAUGGAAAGAGACAGACAGAUGUGGAUGGAAAGAGACAGACAGACAGACAGACAGACAGACAGACGGAAAGAGAGACAGUCAGACAGAUGUCGACGGUGAAUGUGUGCAGGUUACUUUUAACGGGGAGGAGGACAGACAGACAGAGAACCGUAGAAUCAGGAGUUGAUUCUCUCUCUCUUGUAACUGUCUCUGUAUAGUUGGCGUUGCGAUCAUGGCUUCUCUUGGGAGGGUUUAUCGUUUCUCAUAUGAACAUUUUUCUUGUUUUAUAUUUUUCUCCUCCUGUGACAGUUUGUCAGUUAUGCGUCUGUCUCACUAUGCACUCUUAUGUAACUACCUGCUUGACUGCAGCGAUCACAAUAGUAGUGAUCAAACGGAUUGAUUGAUUGAUUGAAUUGAUUGACACCAAUGGAAACAAACAGAUUCUGGUUACAGGGGAAGCACAUCAAUAAACCCACUACUUCCAUAAA